CCCGCCCCCGUCCCCACUCCCGCCCCGCACACACGCCUGCCUCUGGGAGGGAAAUAGCCAGGUGGAAUCUCACUCUGUUUCCAUGGACAACCCGUCCAUUAUCACCCAGGUGACUAACCCCAAAGAGGAGGAGAUCCUGUCCUGCACUCAGGAUAAAGUGUCCCAAUGUAAUAUCAGCUUGAAGAAGCAGAGGAGUCGAAGUAUCUUUAGCACCUUAUUCUGCUGCUUUCGUGACUACAAUGUCGAACCACCAUCUACCAAUAGCACCAGUGCUCUGCCUCCUUUGGUGGAGGAGAAUGGAGGACUUCAGAAGGGUGACCAGAUGCAGGUCAUGCCUAUACCAAGUGGAAUAUACUAUUUCCACGGGACUGAAGCAGUGCAGCAGUCGUUUCACUACAAGCCACCAGCUAAAUACCUCCUGCCAGAACUGACAGCAUCAGACUAUGGGAAGAAGUGUGUGGUCAUUGAUUUAGAUGAAACUUUAGUGCACAGUUCAUUUAAGCCAAUUAGCAAUGCUGAUUUCAUCGUUCCUGUCGAAAUCGAUGGAACCAUACAUCAGGUUUAUGUUUUGAAACGACCACAUGUGGAUGAGUUUCUUCAGAGGAUGGGAGAGCUCUUUGAAUGUGUACUCUUCACAGCCAGUCUAGCCAAGUAUGCAGACCCAGUGGCCGACUUACUGGAUCGCUGGGGUGUAUUCAGGGCAAGGCUCUUUAGAGAAUCCUGUGUUUUCCACCGAGGAAAUUAUGUGAAGGAUCUGAGUCGACUGGGACGUGAGCUGAGUAAAGUUAUUAUAGUAGAUAAUUCUCCUGCAUCUUACAUCUUCCAUCCUGAAAAUGCAGUGCCUGUGCAGUCCUGGUUUGAUGACAUGACAGACACAGAGCUGCUAGAUCUUAUUCCUUUCUUUGAAGGACUAAGCAAAGAGGAAGAAGUUUACAGUAUGCUUCAUAAACUCUGCAACAGGUAGCCCUUAACUUUGACUGACUUCUGCUACUAGAUUGCAGUAGAGCCUGUCUCCAUCUUUUUCAGCUCUUUCAAAUGUAAGCUUUGGGGAGGUCACCCCUGUCAGAAGUGCUACUCUUGAUCUUCCUGUUACAUUGGACACGAAGGACAAUCAUGAGUGAUGCUCUUAAGCCUUCAGAAGCCUGACUCCUAAGGUCAUGUGUUCAGACUACUUUUUUAAAGGAAAAAAAAAAAAGAAGCUAUUUUAAGUGGGACUCUUUUAAUUAAUUUCAUAAAUGGACAUCUUUUACUGGAUCAGCUUUUCUUAAAACAUGCCAAAAAAAAAAAAGAAGCUUGUAUUUCAGCAGUUGAAUUUCUCUCCCUUUCUUCCCCUCCCACUAUGCAGACAAUUUUACCCCCCUGCUUAGAGCAGUUGACCUGACUCUGAAUUUUUUCUUACAGAAUGAAGUGCCUUUUUGAAUGUUAUUUUAAGAUAAAAAAAAAUUCAUUUUUGUAUAAGACGUAUUUCCAGACAUCUUUUAGUCUUGUAUUGUCUAAAUGCUUUAAAAGGAAAAAAGGAAAAAAAUUUUAUAGAGCACUGUAAUAUAUAACAAAGGAAAAAGUUGAAACCAAGAUGCUGGGUUCCUGUCUCCACAGUGACAUUAAGUUGCAUUACACUUUGCCACGCUCGGAAGGUUCGGGCGUUUCGUGGGAGGGGUGAAUUGGGUUCAUUACAUGGUUGUUUCACCGAUGAUGAUUUUGGGCACGGUUUGGAACAUAUCUUGCAGUUGUUUCGAGUGUCAGGGAAUGAUGGAAUUGAGAAAACAAGGUGACUGAUAGACCUAGAGCACCUUCUCUUGUAGACAGAUGAAAUUCUGUUGUCUCUGCUUACGCACAACUGCCAUGCCUCUCGAUUUUCGGAAAACCAUUAUCUCGGGAGAACGGGGAGGAGGAGAUCUAUUUAUUAGUUUAAGAUUCUUUUCUUAAAACAGCCCGUCUGGGUAAGCUGGAUCUGUGUUGAGCUGUUUGGAGUACUUUUUUCUUUUAAUUGCUGCUACUGUAUACUCACCAAAUGGAGUUGACCAUCGGCUGUUAUACUGUUUUUGCCACUGUGCCUGUGCUAUGAAACAUUUUCUGUAAGCUGCAAACUUGGGCAAUAAAUAAAAUGCAGGCUUCAUAACCCACCCCCAUGGAUUAAUCCAAUGGUAUCUGAAAUACCAGAGAACUCAGUUAAAGGUGACCCUGUAAAGGGCAUUUUUUUUAAUCUUUUUUUUUUUUUCAAUUGGGGUGAAGCCCUCUCCUUUUGUUGGUAUAUAAAAAUGCAAAAAAGCAUUUUGCUCACAUCUCUGAUUUGUAUUUCUUUUCCCCCCAAGCUGUAAGGUACAGAUUGGGAGCUGUAUCGAGCUUUGCUAGAAGGGCACAAGUUACUAGCCUAGACUAAAAUGGCUCCUCUGGCUUUGGAGUUGAGUUAGACUCAUCUCUGAGUCUGAGAACCUGCUUAGCAUCUUCUGCAGUGUCAGAGGUGCUUUUUCAGUUGAAUAACUUAAACAUUUUAAGCCUUUGAAGAAAAGGCGCACCUUUUCUUUCUUACUUUUUCUCCCCCCUUUCCAGCGUCACCUUUUAAUUAUCCUCCACCCCAGAAAUCUGCAAACAUAAAAAAGUGCAGCUGUGUUUGGCUGUCAUCAGAGAAGACUAAAUGGACUAUUCGGUGCUUCUAGUUAGCCUCGUGCUAAAUUGUGAAUUGCAGAUCCCCUUUGCCUUUUCUCUUUCUUUCUAAAAGUCUUGAAGAUUUGAGGGGGAAAAAAAAAAAGACAAAAAACAACUUUUUUGCAAGUUGGCUUGUGAUCCUCAUCUAAAAUCAUUGGUGAAGCAGCUUAACAACGUUCAUAGAAGGGCAGGCAGUGAGUAGGUUGUAGGUACAGUAUAAAAGUGAGCAGCUGUGCUCCAGCUGUGGCUGCACCCAGGGGUGUUGGAGGCAGUCCCGUCACACUCUGUGUGAGUCUGUAAUGGCAUCACCGUUUUGUUUCUUAACCAGCUGGCAUUACCUUAGUACUGUACAAUUCUGUGCCACAACGAAAGACAAAACCGUCAAAUCUAAAAUUUAAAAAAAACAAAAAACAAAAAAAAAUCAAAAAAAAAAGCCUACUUUGUUUAAAAAAUAAAAACGGGGGUAAAAAAAUAAAAAGAGAGACGUGUGGAUUCUGGUUAGUCCAUUAACGUUCCCUUUCGGUUUAAGAUUGUUUAAUUUUGUAUUUGACUUCAGAGUAACGAAAACCCGUAAGCUGCCAAAAAAAAAAAAAAAAAAAAAAAAAAAAAAGAAAAGUUGUUCUCUGAGCAGUAUUUUUUUCAACUGCGUUUUGCGGCUUCUGGGCUUCAAAUGCAGUUUGCAGGGAAGUAUUCAGGUUGUAGUUAGUCGUGCAGGUAUGAGAGGAAUGGCUGAAAAAAACAAAAAAACUUUAAGACUUUCUCAAAAGCGUUAGACCAAACAGACAAUAAAUAACCCACCGUGGUGACCUGUUGUACGUGAGACAAACCAUGUCAUCCGUUUGCAUCUCUGAAAGCAGCAAGAUUUCAUGAACCAGUUGCCUUAAGUCUGUGAAUGAAUGUUGACUAUUAAAAGUGUCUUGUAUUGUUCUAAAAUCCACAUAGAAGGGGCAACUGAACUUCUGCACCAGCUUCUGCAGGAAGGGUUCUGAUGAGGUUCUGUACAAACCGUACUUAACACUGUAUUAUUUUGGCUCUUGAAAUCCACAAAUUUAAAAAAAAAAAAAAAACCAACCCAAAUUAUUUUAAUAAGUUAGUUUUAGUAAAGCAUUAAAAUAACAUUUUGUGACAAAGGCAAAAAACUUAGCCACAGCUUUGAUCUCUUAAUAUUAAGAGUAUUUUCUGUAAGUUUUGAGUAAUUUAGUAAUUUUUUUUUAUUUUUUAACCCACUUGGAGUGCUCUGCAAUCAGGUUUGGAAUCCCCUGUGUAUUCAGAUUUGACCAGAGGGAUCAAACUGUCCUAGUUGGUUAUUUUGACACUUAUCAUCGUACUUGAAAUUUCAAGUGUUGAGUUUGCGUGGAUAUACAAACGCUCUAUAUUUAGUUUCUAGAUUGUAACAAAGCAAUAUAGUUCUGUCCAUACAGUCAGAUAAUGGAAUGUCUGUAAAAUUUGCAAUACGGGUAUUUGAUUGUAUUUUAAAUACAAGAGUUUAAAAACUAAAAUAGGAAAAAAAAAUAAAUACUUGUUUCCUAAAUCUCUUGCAUAUUUUGAAGUGCAGUUAGUGCAUGCAGGUCACCAGGGCUGUUAUAAACCCUGGCUUUCAAUUUUAUUAUUUCUGGAUAUUAUAGAAGUUAUUAAAAAAGUCUUUUCCAGUUGGUCAUCCUGUUCAGCUAAAGAGAUGCUGCCUGGCCUGAAGUUCUGUUGUCCUUUUUAUGUCGGGUUAAAAACGGUUUUUUGCCUGUAUAGGUAUUUUUGAAUUAAGCUGUAAGGCAGAAUUGCCUUAGAUUCUUUAAAUUCAGCUGAGGUGUUAACGAUUAAAUUGCCAUUUGUAAACUAGGGCUGUGCGCAGAGUCCUUGUUAACAACCACCAGGAAGCGUGGCAGGCUUGGAAUGGGAGAUGGUAGCAAAAUGUACAAUAUUGCUGUGUUCAUUUAGGUAGCUUUGGAAGAGUAAUUUGUCUCUUUGUUUUGCCCUUUUGAUCUUUAUUAAACAGCGAAGUUCUACACGGAGGAAGCUCAACACCUGGAGACAUUUGGUUGUCAGUGUACGCAAAUCACUUUCUUACAGCAUGAUUUUGAUUAGACUGGUUGGGGACAAUAAAGUAUCUAAAUGACACUGGUGUGUGCUGAUGUUGCAGCUUUUGAAAUUUCGGUGUAUCAAAAAAGAAAAAAAAAAGUAAAGUAAUGAUAUAAGUUCUGGAGACGUAAAUCCUCUGUUUUACAGGUUGUUUUUUACCUAAUAAACCACAGUACCGCACAGCCCUAUUUGUAAAACAGAAACAAGUUUGUGCCUCUGAUUUCCAAGGUGCUGUGAUGUUUUUGCCUUUGUGGGGCGAGGAGGGGGCAGGUGAGACUGGCGUGGGGCAAUUGCUUCAGAAUCUCUGGGUAACUAUGCAAAACCAGCUGUCAGUUUUCUGUUUCACAUGGUAUUGUAAAAUCCCAGCUGACUCUCUUUUAUUUCUUGUUAAAGGUCUAUUGGGAACUCCUUAACGGAGGAGUAAGCAAUGGAAAUGUUUCUUUCUUUCUUUUUUUCCUUCUUUUUUUUUUUUCUUAUGAUGGAGCUGUUUACACUUUGAUGCAAUGAACAAUCCAGCAAUACUUGAGAAACACUACAGAUACCAUAUGAGUGUUUGCAGGAGAGAGAAGUGUUGUCAAUCAGGUAUUGAAUGGUUUCUUUACUGUCACAAAUAAAAAAUUUUAACAAUAUAGUUACUUGUGCAUGUAAUACUUCUCUGGGAAAAAGAAAUUCUGCACUUCUUCAGUAAAAGGCACUGCCCUAAUUUGUCAGGGACAUUAUUCCUGCUAAUGCACAUCCAUGUUAAAUCAUAAAAUCAUCCAUCUAUGUCCAACCCUCUUCCCCCUCUCCUCUUUUUAUGUCGUGUGCAGGACUCCUCAGUGCCUGCCCUGGCACCUGCUUGUGCAAACAGAGCUGAUGAACUACUGUUGAACUCUGCUAAAUAAAUUGGUGGCGACUCCUGCAGAUGUUCCAGCUAUUUAGAUCUCUUGGAUGAGAUCAUACAAUAAUUUGUUCAAGUCUCAAAGCUGUGUGACUUCUUUUGAAGGGCUUACUUCAGCUACUUGAAUAGCUGUUCUUAACAUCACUGCCAUAUCCACAUGAAUAUCUGAAUAAAACACUUUAUUUGGUUGGAAAAUCUAUUUUGGGACUUUUUAUCUGACACAAUAAGACUUAGGCAGAGCCUUCCUUUCUAGGAAAAGGCACAUAUUAUUGAUGCUUUAUGAGCAGAAAACCUCAGGCCUGUUGGAAUAAGCAGCUGGCUCAAGAUAGCACACUAGUUGCAAUUAAAAAUAUUUUUUAGUUAGUCCUGUGAUCAGUUGGAAUGACUAGACUGCCUUUACUUUGUACUGGUGAGUCAGGGGGUUGAUUUUUAAAAAAAUUUUUUUUAGGUUUGUUUUGGGGGGGAUUUGUUUAGGGGAUUUUUUUUUUUUAGUUUUACCAGUCUCCUUAGCUGCUACUUAGGAUAAAGAUGCCUUUCUUUUUUUUUCACUCAGUAAAACAAGUGUCUCAAAAUUCAUGAAACAGCUCAUUUAUAGCAGUGAGAAAGAUCCUUAUUGUUCUGUCCUGACUGAUUAAAACCAAACACACCCUAAUCUACGUACUUAAACACCUUCCCAUGUUUUUCCCCCAUUUCAUUGUGUUUUUGACUCAGAAGGAAAGCCAACCACUCUGAAAUCCCCUGCAGGAUGGGAUAGGGCCUCUUCCAGGUGGGCUGCACUCCAGGGGAUCCUGCAGUCUCCAGCAGUUUUCCUGGCAAGCCACCCUCGCCAUCCAGACUUCCCCUCGGCCCAGCUACGCUGGCAGGAGACCAGGCAAAGCUCUCCUGGACUCCUCUGGUUCCACUGGAGCUACUGGUGAAUAAAUGAUCUGUAGGUAAUACAUGGGUUUGGACAGGUUGGCAGACUCGAACUUGGGAAGCUUCCAGGAGUGUUUUGUUGGGAAGGAGCUGUACUGAGGAACUGGGUUCUCCGUAAUUGCCCGAUACCACGUAACGGGCAUUUCUGAAGCCCGGGACACACACAGAUGGGUUUGGCUCCAUAGGGCAGGUCCCUGCAUCGGCAGUUACACACUUUCCCAGAUUCAAAAGCAGUUUAGAAGGGUUAGAUUUGGUCAUUGCUUGGAUCAGCAGCAUACUGGGUGUUUGGGAGGCGCUGGCUGUGUCUGUGUCCCCUGGGCCUCGGUGGACCCGUCGUAGCUCCCACUGCUCUUCUCUGCGCACCCGACAGCCUUUAAUUUUGGAACAGCCCCUUUGAUUGAGGGAUGUAAACACACUCGAUCAGGAUGGAAAAUGCUGGACAAAGAAAGGCAGCGCAGCUGGCACCCGCCAGCCUUGGCCAUCGUCUCGGGCUGGACUCCAGCAAGGACAAGGCUGCUGCUGCUCGAAGGCGAACGGAGGAGUCACCGCUCAGCCAGAAACACGUCACCCCCUCACAGAACCUCCGUUCUCCCAGAUAAUGAGGGUUGAUCGUUUUGUCCCUACAAACGCGAUGUCACCGCCUCAGAAUUCCCGGCGUUUCAAUAAAUGUUGCACUCCAAGGCUCGGAGGAGUUGCUGGCUUGACAAUGGGUUGUUUUCUCUUGUCCAAUUUUAAUGAGCUUUUGUGAUGAAAACCAAAUUUCUUUACAGUGUAACCUUGUGAUUUUAUUUUUUUUUCCCACGCUUUGAUUCAGUUUGACAAUAAACUAUCUGUGUUAUUUUUUU